GUCAUAUUCAUUUGCUUACUCGACAAGUAGCAUAAAGGACUGAAAAAGGCCAUGAAUAAAAAUAGAGAGAAGGGUAAGGUCUGUAGAAAACUGGAAAACACCUUCUUUAUUUAAAGUGGCCAAGAAACCUUCACCUCUAGUACAUAGCAGGGAUGUUAUUUUCCUUUCCAUGCAUCCCUAACCUCUUGCAAAUAGGAAACUUUUUGGGUUCAAAUUCCCUGGUCUGAGAGUUCUCACUUACAGAAAGCAGUCCUUACCACAAGAAGACCCGGAUGUGGUAGUAAUUGACUCAUCUAAACACAGCGAUGAUUCAGUAGCCAUGAAGCACUUCAAGUCUCCUACAAAAGAGAGCUGCAGCCCUUCUGAAGCAGAUGAUACAAAAGCCUUGAUACAGCCCAGCAAAUGUUCCCCUUUGGUGAAUAUAUCGGGACCUCUUGACCAUUCCUCUCCCAAAAGGCAAUGGGACCGACUGUACCCUGACAUGCUGCAGUCAAGUUCCCAGCUGACUCAUUCCAGAUCGAAGGAAAGCAUUUGUAGUAUACGGAGGGCUUCUUCGGUUCAUGAUAUAGAAGGAUUCAGUGUCCACCCCAAGAACAUAUUUAGAGACCGACAUGCCAGUGAAGGGCCUUUUAAUCAUAUCAAGUCAAGCCUCCUGGGAUCCACGUCAGAUUCAAAUCUCAACAAAUACAGCACCAUUAACAAGAUUCCACAGCUCACUCUGAAUUUUUCAGAUGUCAAAACUGAAAAAAAGAAUGCAUCCCCUCCUUCUUCAGAUAAAACCAUUAUUGCACCCAAGGUUAAAGAUCGAACACACAACGUGACAGAGAAAGUCACCCAGGUUCUCUCUUUAGGAGCAGAUGUCCUGCCAGAAUAUAAACUCCAGACACCACGUAUCAACAAGUUUACAAUACUGCACUACAGCCCCUUCAAGGCAGUCUGGGACUGGCUUAUUCUGCUGUUGGUCAUAUACACUGCUAUAUUCACGCCCUACUCUGCAGCCUUUCUCCUCAAUGACAGAGAAGAACAGAAAAGACGAGAAUGCGGCUACUCUUGUAGCCCUUUGAAUGUGGUGGACUUGAUUGUGGAUAUUAUGUUCAUCAUAGAUAUUUUAAUAAACUUCAGAACCACAUAUGUAAAUCAGAAUGAAGAAGUGGUAAGUGACCCGGCCAAAAUAGCAAUACAUUACUUCAAAGGCUGGUUCCUGAUCGACAUGGUGGCAGCAAUUCCUUUUGACUUGCUGAUUUUUGGAUCUGGUUCUGAUGAGACAACAACAUUAAUUGGUCUUUUGAAGACAGCUCGACUCCUUCGUCUGGUGAGAGUGGCCCGGAAGCUUGAUCGCUAUUCAGAAUAUGGCGCUGCUGUUCUAAUGCUCUUAAUGUGCAUAUUUGCCUUGAUUGCUCACUGGCUGGCUUGCAUUUGGUAUGCAAUUGGGAAUGUAGAAAGGCCCUACUUGACAGACAAAAUCGGAUGGUUGGAUUCCUUAGGACAACAAAUUGGGAAACGUUACAAUGACAGUGACUCAAGUUCUGGACCAUCCAUUAAAGACAAAUACGUCACAGCACUUUAUUUUACCUUCAGCAGCUUAACCAGUGUAGGAUUCGGGAAUGUGUCUCCUAACACCAAUUCGGAGAAAAUCUUUUCAAUCUGUGUCAUGUUGAUUGGCUCACUAAUGUAUGCAAGCAUUUUUGGAAAUGUAUCUGCAAUUAUCCAAAGACUAUACUCGGGAACUGCCAGGUACCACAUGCAGAUGCUUCGAGUAAAAGAGUUCAUUCGCUUUCACCAAAUCCCCAACCCUCUGAGGCAACGGCUUGAAGAAUAUUUCCAGCAUGCAUGGACAUACACCAAUGGCAUUGACAUGAACAUGGUCCUAAAGGGUUUCCCAGAAUGUUUACAAGCUGAUAUUUGUCUACACCUCAACCAGACUUUGCUGCAAAACUGCAAAGCCUUUCGGGGGGCAAGUAAAGGUUGCCUUAGAGCUUUGGCAAUGAAGUUCAAGACCACCCAUGCACCUCCAGGAGACACCCUGGUUCACUGUGGGGAUGUUCUCACUGCACUUUAUUUCUUAUCCAGAGGCUCCAUCGAAAUCCUCAAAGAUGACAUUGUGGUAGCUAUUCUGGGGAAAAACGAUAUAUUUGGAGAAAUGGUUCAUCUUUAUGCCAAACCUGGAAAGUCUAAUGCAGAUGUAAGAGCUCUCACGUACUGUGACUUGCAUAAGAUCCAGAGAGAAGACUUGUUAGAGGUUUUGGAUAUGUAUCCCGAGUUUUCCGACCACUUUCUCACAAACUUAGAGUUGACUUUUAACCUAAGGCAUGAGAGUGCAAAGGCUGAUCUCUUACUACGAUCACAGUCUGUGAAUGAUUCUGAAGGAGACAACUGUAAGCUACGAAGAAGGAAAUUUUCAUUUGAUAGUGAAGGAGACAAAGGGAACAGUACAAAUGGUCCCGAAGACUCUGUAGAUACCAUAAGACAUUAUCAGAGUUCCAAGAAACACUUUGAAGAGAAAAAAAGCAGAUCUUCAUCUUUCAUCUCAUCCAUUGAUGAUGAACAAAAGCCUCUCUUCUCAGGAAUAGUAGAUUCUCCUCCAGGAAUAGGGAAAGCAGCUGGACUCCAUUUUGAAGAAACAGUCCCAACCUCAGGAAGAAUUCACAUAGAUAAAAGAAGUCACUCUUGCAAAGAUAUCGCUGACACCAGAAGCUGGGAGCAAGAAAACGCGCAGACUCAGGCUGAUGAGUCUAGCCCCUCAGCACUUCAGCGAGCUGCCUGGGGGAUCUCUGAAACCGAAAGUGACCUCACUUAUGGGGAAGUGGAGCAAAGAUUAGAUUUGCUUCAAGAACAACUUAACAGACUUGAAUCCCAAAUGACUGCUGACAUCCAGACCAUCUUACAGUUGCUGCAGAAACAAACCACUGUGGUUCCCCCCGCCUACAGUAUGGUAACUGCCGGAGCGGAGUAUCAGAGACCCAUUAUUCGCCUGAUGAGAUCCAGCCAUCCAGCAGCAUCCAUCAAGACUGAUCGAAGUUUCAGUCCUUCCUCACAAUGUCCUGAAUUUCUAGACCUUGAAAAAUCUAAACUUAAAUCCAAAGACUCCCUCUCAAGUGGGGUGCAUCUGAACACAGCUUCGGAAGACAACUUGACUUCACUUUUAAAACAAGACAGUGAUCUCUCUUUAGAGCUUCACCCGCGGCAAAGAAAAACUUACCUUCAUCCAAUUAGGCAUCCUUCUUUGACAGAUUCAUCCCUAAGCACUGUAGGAAUCUUGGGUCUUCAUAGGCAUGUUUCUGAUCCUGGUCUUCCGGGGAAAUAAUCAUUUUGU